ACUGAUAAUUUCAUAGGCAAUCUUGACUGAGAAAGGCACAUAAAGUAAGUUUAAAAUGCCAAAUUACGGUGUUAUUGAUAUCAUUCAUAAGGUUUACUGGAAACCCAUGUAUACCUUAGUAGCUGUCAGCUUCCCUUUCCAAAUCAAACACACUUUCAGUUCACACUGUUUGCUGGUGCCUAUCUCUGUUUCUGUAGCUGUUUUUUCUCCUUGCAGUCCCAAUCCCUCGUAUGACACAUCUGAACUACAGCUGCAUAAUCAUGCCUGUGUCUUUUGGGAUUACACUGUAAGAUGCAGGUGUAAUCACACCACUCAUUUUGCUUUCUGUUGGUAGGGCAUUGCAUUUCAGAUAAAAUAUAAAUAUGCAAAGCCUUUGGAUUAUAUUUCUUAUAUUGGUGUUGGAUUGUCCAUGGCUAGUCUGGUUAUUACCAUUUUGUUUCACAUACUCACUAUGAAAACUCAAAACUUAUCAGUAAAGUGGAUGUUAGUGAGUCUGUGCUUUUCUAUGCUCAUUUUUAACAUCACCUCUGGAAUUGAAAACCGGACUGCCAGGAAGUGAAGGAAUGAUACCACCAGAUGCUACCAGCAAUACCUUCCUUAUGAUGCCUCCAGUGCACUCACCUCUGACAUGGUGGAUCCCCCUGCAGACUCCUGGUGCAUGGCUGUGGCUGUCCUACUGCACUAUUUCUUGUUGGCAGCAUUUCUGUGGUCAGCACCUGCACUGUUGUACUUAUCACUGCUCAAAGCCAUGUAGCCGCUGCCUGGACGUUUCCUUGUAACCAUGUCAGUGAUUGGAUGGGGUACUGAAAUUUGCUGGCUUGCAGCCCUGGACCAAAAUCAGAAUUUCAGUGUGUAAAAGCCCACUUUGUGGUCAUUCCUCUUGCCAGCAGCACUCAUACUUCUGUUUAAUAUCUUGAUCUUCAUCAGGAUCAGUAUCUCUGUGAUAUGGAAGAAGAUGAAUUUGAAUAAAAAGGAUUCAUUAACAAAAAAUAUGAUUAGCAUUAUCUCUAUAGUGGUAGUGCUCAGCAUCACAAUUGGCUACUUCAAGUUAAUAAGUCAUGAAAAAACAUGUCUUGCUUUCUGCUUUCUGUUUUGCAUUUUGAAUGCUGCCCAGGUAUCACUGUAUCUGCAUUCAAAACCAUAAAGUGUUUCAAAAUCACAGCCUGAAAAACAUUCAUAGGAAACUUUCAGAUCAACCCAGACUUUUUCAGACAAUAUUUCCUUGUCUAGUUUCCCUAACCAGAACCAGAAACCUGCAAACAUGUGA